CUGGGAGGGAGGAAGGGGGCGAGAUUAGGCAGCCGUCCAUCUCCUCCUGCUUCUCCCAGAAAACAGGUGAUGCUCCUGGCCAGCGAACGCUCUCUGGAUGCAGGCCGGGCUGCGGCGGGAAGGAUGUUAUAGGCGAGCGGAGGUGAAGGCCGGCGGCAGGAGCGAACUUGCCGAAAAGGAGGGGAGGGGAGGGCAGAGCAAGCCAAACUUUGACGGAGGCCUACAUCGCCGAGCGGCGGCUGCGAGCAGAAGCCCGAGCUUCUCCAGAGAGAGCCAGAAGCAAAGACAAACUUUGGCUGUUCGUCUCUUUCUAGGACUUCUAUUUUUUGGGGGAGGGGGAAGGGAACACUCGGCGGUGCGAGUCUCGUGACUUUCAGGGCUCCGUGGAUAUUAUCCUUUAAAAAAAAAAGAAACACUCGCAAAGAACAAAAAAUUUAGAGGCAUCUGUUCGAGUGGAUCAGACUUUUUAAAUGUUUGGGAUUCAAGAUACGUUAGGAAGAGGACCAGCUCUGAAAGAGAAAGCUCUAGGCGCAGAGAUGGAUUCGGUCCGGUCCUGGGUUCGAAACGUCGGAGUGGUGGAUGCGAACGUCGCGGCACAAAGCGGAGUCGCCUUGUCCCGGGCUCAUUUUGAGAAACAGCCUCCUUCCAACUUGCGCAAAUCCAAUUUCUUCCACUUCGUCUUGGCCCUCUAUGAUCGCCAGGGUCAGCCGGUGGAGAUCGAAAGGACCGCCUUCGUGGACUUCGUGGAGAACGACAAAGAACAAGGCAACGAGAAGACCAACAAUGGCACCCACUACAAAUUACAGCUGCUUUAUAGCAAUGGGGUCAGGACCGAACAGGACCUCUUUGUGCGGCUCAUCGAUUCGGUCACGAAGCAGCCCAUAGCUUAUGAGGGCCAAAACAAGAACCCGGAGAUGUGCAGAGUUCUGCUCACACACGAAGUCAUGUGCAGUCGGUGCUGUGAAAAGAAGAGCUGUGGCAAUCGCAAUGAGACUCCUUCAGACCCAGUCAUCAUCGACAGAUUCUUUUUAAAAUUUUUCCUGAAGUGCAAUCAGAAUUGUUUGAAAACAGCGGGAAACCCCAGGGACAUGAGGCGCUUCCAGGUGGUGCUAUCAACAACCGUGAAUGUGGACGGACAUGUGCUGGCUGUUUCUGACAACAUGUUUGUUCACAACAAUUCUAAGCACGGGCGGAGAGCGAGGAGGCUGGACCCGUCUGAAGCUACACCCUGCAUCAAAGCUAUCAGCCCAAGUGAAGGUUGGACCACCGGUGGGGCCAUGGUGAUCAUCAUAGGGGACAAUUUCUUCGAUGGACUCCAAGUUGUAUUUGGGACGAUGCUUGUAUGGAGUGAGCUGAUAACACCUCACGCUAUAAGAGUCCAGACUCCCCCUCGGCAUAUCCCUGGAGUGGUGGAAGUGACAUUAUCAUAUAAGUCUAAACAGUUCUGCAAAGGGGCCCCAGGAAGGUUCAUUUACACAGCAUUAAAUGAGCCCACCAUAGACUAUGGCUUCCAGAGAUUGCAGAAAGUCAUCCCGCGGCAUCCUGGAGAUCCAGAAAGACUAGCUAAGGAAAUGCUGUUGAAAAGAGCAGCUGAUUUAGUGGAAGCCCUUUAUGGAACACCGCACAAUAACCAGGACAUCAUUUUGAAGCGAGCUGCUGACAUUGCUGAGGCUCUCUACAGUGUCCCAAGGAAUCCCAGCCAGAUCCCAGCGCUGUCCAGCUCUCCAGCUCACACUGGCAUGAUGGGCAUCAACUCCUAUGGCAGCCAGCUAGGGGUCAGCAUCUCAGAGUCCACACAGGGAAAUAACCAAGGUUACAUCCGGAACACAAGCAGCAUCUCUCCUCGUGGCUACUCUUCCAGUUCCACUCCCCAGCAGUCCAACUACAGCACGUCCAGCAACAGCAUGAAUGGCUACAGCAACGUGCCCAUGGCCAACCUGGGCGUACCGGGCUCCCCAGGCUUCUUAAAUGGCUCCCCCACAGGAUCCCCUUAUGGAAUAAUGUCUUCAAGUCCUACAGUUGGCUCUUCCAGUUCCUCCUCCAUCCUCCCGUUUUCGUCUUCCGUCUUCCCAGCUGUCAAACAGAAGAGUGCCUUUGCUCCUGUCAUUAGACCCCAAGGCUCCCCUUCUCCGGCCUGCUCUAGUGGAAAUGGAAAUGGAUUCAGAGCCAUGACCGGCCUUGUCGUCCCCCCAAUGUAAGAGAAGGAAGAGUUGCGUCUCAGAACACACAACUACUUCAUCUGAUGGACCACUAAUAUGGAAAGCACUAAGAGCUCUUUGGGGGAGUCCCAUGACCCCCAAAGGAACACUCUCUGGAUUUGGAUAUGCAAGGAGCCUGCAUCUUACCUGGUCUCAUGUCUCUCCCGUAGCCGAGAAAUCGGCUGCCCAAGCUCCAACCCCACUCGUGGAUAAGGACAGAUACUGUCAUCGGCAUGCAUGGUCAGUACUAAGGACAGAAAUGUGGUUCUUUCUUUAUGGACUUGAUGAAAACCACCUUCCUAUGUUUGUAAAAUAUUUAAGAAAAAAAAUUGGCAAACAAUUCAAGCUCGAUAUUUUGGAUACUAUUUGUUUUUCUUUGUAGGAAAAAAAAAGUUGAAAGUUUCUAUUUUCUAUGAAGCCUUUCAGAUACCAAUUUAGUUUAUGCAGAAAAAAAAAUUUGAACAAAACAGGGUACCCGCAUGGAAGACUUUCUUAAAAACAAAACCUGAAUCGAAUGAUGAUGAUAUGUUGUUGUAUGUGUGUUUGCUUAUAGUUUAAUCUCUUUAAAAAACAAAAAAACACAAAAAAAGGAAAAAUUUUAAAAUGUUUUACAAUUAUUUAAAUAAAUAAAUGUGUAACUUAUUGUAAGUAGAGGUAGAAAUUAAGACCUUUUUGGAAAGGAGGGGCAUUUUCUCCUCCUCUUGUACAAUGAAAAUGAUGCAAAACUGUAGUUCCAAGAUAAAAAGAGAUAAGGUAUGUGAUUGUUACCACUGCUAUUUCCUGGAUGCCCACUCCUGUCCUCUCUACGCCCACCCCCCCUUUCCCUGUUCCAUCCUUGUAUAGAUCCAUAUGCAAGGACCACGGUAGCCCAUCUGUAUUUUUUCAGAACCAUACCACAUUCAAACAAAAGCCAAGCACAAAUCCAGAAAUACAGAAAAGCGGCGGGUCUGGUCCAGCGAAGUCUGCUUUCCCAAAAGCCUGCAUGUCCCUUUGAGUCUGCUUCCGAUCAUAGUUUUCCUGGGGUGGCUGUUCUUGACAUUCCAUGCCAGAGGCCACCUGGGAUUCUCGCACUUUCUUCUGGCCCACAUCCCCAUCCAGUUUUUCAAGGGCAGGGAGAGCAGGGAAAAGGGAAUCUUUUUUGCCUGAGAAGCGAUCCGGAAUGGUUAGAACAUCUUCAGCGCAGGGCCAUAUCAAAGUCCAGUUUCCAGCUCACCAAUGACUGUAACUUCAAUCCCAUUCGGUAUUGCUCUGGGGAGUCUCCUCUGGCUGCUUUGGUUGGCCAUCAGCGGCCGUCGGCAACGAUUAAUGACUCUCUUACCCUUGCCAGUCUCUCAGGAGUUUUAUAUAUAUCUCCCCCCUCUAGUACUUUCCCAUUUGGAAGAUCACAGAAUCUAGAAUCAUUUAAUGCAAACUCUUCAUUUUACAAAACAGGAAACCGAGGCACAAGGGAUUCAUAAAUAACCCUGGAGCUGGACGAACAAACCGAGGCAUAGAGAGAUCCCUAUGUUCAUAGACCUAAAGGUGGAAAAGACCAUAUACUGUAACCUUUUCAAUGUGUAGCUGAGGCACAGAGCAGUUCAUAGAUUGAGAGAUCUGUCAUUUGACGGGCAUUUCCUAACCACUUCCUAUCUCUCAGGGGCCCUCAGAGACCCUCUCGUAUAAUCCUAUCAUGUUACCUAUUUUGUUUAUAAGCCGAGGCCCAGAGUAGCCAUGAGACUUGCUCAGCCUUAACCGAGGAAUAGCUGACUUUCUGUAGCGCUUCAGGGAUUCUGGAGCACUCUGUAUACCUUUUACCAUUUGAGUAAGCAGAUUCACGCCUAUGGAUUUAGAUCCAAUGUUCUUUGCAACCCACCAUUUGCCCUGACGUUAAACUCGAUGGGUUAAACAUGAAUAAUUUGGAGGUUUUCCUCAACCACCCCUCCACUUUUCUAGUGGAGAAGCGAGGGUAGUGGCUGAAAAUCCAGACAGCAUUGGGGUUCCGAGGGAAAGGAUAUGGGCAAUUUCAAGAAUCAUCCCAAAGUGCAGCUGCCCAGCUAUUUGUCCACUCUUCUCUUUAGACGACUGGCUCUCUUUUUAGGAGGGACCUGGCACUGUUACUGAGAGGUUGACUCGCACUCAAAAACUGGUGACUCUUCCUGCCCACUUGCCCUUACCUGGGGGCCAGCCCAAGUGGUAUUUCCUCCUCUGGGUUGCCAGCUUCCUCGUUCAUGUUUGGGGCUGCUGGAGCGUGCCCACAGAACUCAUUUGGAUGAUACCCAGCUGGGGUCUAGAUGACAUUAGUUCUUUCCUGUCCCAAUGGAGAAACACACUGAAAUUGAGUGCAUCUAGUCUGAAUUAGGAUAAUAAUUUUGUUUUUUAUCAAUUCCUCAUUUCUUUUCCAAGUCCACAUUUUCAUACCCACCCAAACCAAUCCCAUUUUACCCUUUCCCCUUCGCUUCAUUCUGGAAAUACCCUCCUCCCCACCCCCAAACAAUCCAAAUGGGAUUUUUACGCACCAUGAAAAUUCAAGGUUUUGGAUAGCUGGCACGCCUGGAAGUGCUGUUGACAGUAACAGGCAUUUGAAGAACCAAGUUGCAAAGAAACACACCCGAAAAAAGUCCCUUGAUGCAAAAUGUCUUAGUGAGGAGGAGGGAUAUCGACAUAGUUGUCCAAAAACGAAGGCAGAACAAAAAUGAAGCACGUCUGGACCUGGAUUUGA